AUGAAGUCCAUCUCCUACCUCGUGUCGGCUCUGCUGGCCACUGUCGCCGUCGCCUCUCCCACUCCCGAGCUCGAGGAGCGCGCCACUACCUGGUGCGGUGCCUUUGGCAGCGUGACCACCAACGGAAAGACUGUCUACCACAACAACUGGGGCAGCGGAGAUGCUACUUCUGGAUCUCAAUGCACCACCUUCACCGGUGUCUCGAGCAACUCGUUCGUCUGGUCCACCUCUUGGACCUGGGUUGGAGGCCCCGGCAAGGUCAAGUCCUACUCCAACGUCGCCCUGGAGAAGACCAAUAAGCCGCUUUCGGCCAUUAGCUCCAUUCCUUCCACCUGGACCUGGAGAUACACCGGAACCAACAUGAUCUCUGAUGUGUCCUACGACCUGUGGCUCGCCCCGUCUGUUGGUGCCAACAACAAGUACGAGAUCAUGAUCUGGCUCGGCGCUUAUGGCGGCGCGCUUCCCAUCUCUUCCACCGGAACUACCCCUCUUGCUACUCCUACCAUUCUCGGCACCAAGUGGAAGCUCUUCAAGGGUCCCAACGGCGACACCACUGUCUUCUCCUUCGUUGCCCCCAGCAACAUGGGCAACUUCAGUGGUGAUCUCAACAAGUUCUUCCAGUACCUGACCGCCAGCCAAGGCGUCCCCACCAGCUCGGUCAUCACCAGCCUCCAGGCCGGCACUGAGCCCUUCGAGGGCUCCAACUGUGUCUUCACGACCUCUGCCUACACCAUCUCUGUCAACUAA